AUGCAUUUCAGAGACUUUGCGCCUUCAACGGCGCUUCUUACCUCGCUUCUAGCGGUUCCCCAACUGGCCUCGGCCUUCUACCUCCCCGGUGUCGCCCCGACCACGUACAAGGACGGAGACAAGGUCCCUCUCUACGUCAACAGCAUCAAGCCCGUCGCCGCGCCUCAAGAUGCUCGUCUGCACUCGGUUGUCUCGUACGACUACUACCAUCCCGCGUUCCAAUUUUGUCAGCCCGAAGGUGGACCUCAAUAUGUGUCAGAGAGUCUAGGCAGCAUUCUCUUCGGAGACCGAAUCAUGACCUCCCCCUUCGAGCUUAUCAUGGGCAAGAACGAGACCUGUAAGCCCCUUUGCGAGACGACGUACCCCGAAAAGUCCAUCACCUUCGUCAAGAGCCGUAUCGAGCAGGGUUACAGCUUGAACUGGCUGGUCGACGGCCUCCCUGCUGGUCAGCAGAUUAAGGACCAGUUGACGGGCACUACCUUUUACAGCUCUGGCUUCUUGCUCGGCCAGGACGACGAGAGCGACAACAUCCUCUUCAACAACCACUACGAGAUCUGGGUCGAGUACCACGAGGUUAACAACGAUGCUAGCCAGCGCCGUGUUGUCGGCGUUGUCGUGGAGCCCAGCUCCAAGGAGUACGGAGGCAAGGCGGACUGUGGUAACCACCAGCCCAUCGUGUUCAAUGGCAAGGAGAAAACGGUUGCCUUCAGCUACAGUGUUUACUGGCGCAAGUCCGAUACCGCCUGGGCUACGCGUUGGGACAAGUAUCUGCACGUCUUCGACCCCAAGAUUCACUGGUUCUGGCUUAUCGACACUGCUAUUAUUGUCGUCAUCCUCGUCCUGACUGUCAUGUCGAUCCUGGUUCGAGCCCUCAAGAAGGACAUUGCGCGUUAUAACCGGCUUGACCAGAUCGACCUCGACGAUUUUGGUGGCACCUCGGUCGUUGAGGAUGGUGUUCAGGAGGAUUCUGGCUGGAAGCUGGUUCAUGGCGAUGUCUUCCGACCCCCUCCUCGCCCUCUUCUCCUGUCCAUCCUCGCGGGUAACGGUGUUCAGCUCUUCUGCAUGACGGGCUGCACUAUUCUGUUUGCCCUGCUUGGAUUCCUGUCUCCCUCCAACCGUGGCUCUCUCGGCACCAUCAUGAUUCUCCUCUACACUGUCCUUGGCUUCGUUGGUGGUUACGUCUCGGCCCGAACUUACAAGGCCUGGCAGGGCGAGGCUUGGAAGCUCAACAUCGCCUUGACUCCUCUCCUGGUUCCCGGAAUCGUCUUUUCCUGCUUCUUCCUUCUGGACCUCUUCCUUUGGGCUAAGCAGUCAUCGGGUGCGGUUCCUUUCACCACCAUGCUUGUUCUCGUCGCCAUCUGGUUCAUCAUCUCCAUCCCUCUAUCGGUUGCUGGCUCCUGGCUUGGUUUCCGCGCCCCUGGUUUCGAGCCCCCUGUCCGCACCAACCAGAUUCCUCGACAGAUUCCUCCUGUGAGCACCUAUCUCAAGCCCAUUCCCAGCAUGCUCAUCGUGGGUCUCCUUCCCUUCGGUGCCAUCUUUGUCGAGCUGUACUUCAUCAUCAGCUCUAUCUGGUUCAGCAGGAUUUACUACAUGUUCGGUUUCCUGUUCCUUUGCUAUGGUCUCAUGAUUGUCGUUUGCGCCGCCGUCACCAUUCUCAUGGUCUACUUCCUGCUUUGCUCGGAGAACUAUAACUGGCAGUGGAGGUCUUUCCUCGCUGCCGGCAUGAGCGGUGGCUACAUCUUCCUCAACUGCCUGCUGUACCUUGUCACCAAGGUCAAGCUGGGUGGUCUUGCUGGUACUGUCCUCUACAUCGGCUACAGUGCCCUCAUCUCGUUCCUCUUCUUUAUCCUUGCUGGCUCCAUUGGCUACUUUGCAAGCUGGUGGUUUGUCCGCAAGAUUUACUCCUCCAUCAAGAUCGACUAA